ACGGAAAGGGCAGCAGGCCCGCGUAUUUACUUCUGUCCAACCCAGCCGCGACGAGGCCCACGACACGUAAGCCAAUGAAUGCUCGGUCGCGGUGGCAGUGGCAGGCAGACUCGGUGUCUCCUCCGGCAACCUGAAUUCUGGCACGCAAAAUACUUCUUGGCAUCGUCUCGUCUCGUGCCCUCCCUUGUUCCAUCCGCACGAGGCCACCGCCCGCCAAUUUCACCGCCGCGCUCUUCGGUUCUGCAAGCUCAAUAGGAGGAGGCGGCGGCGGCGGCAACUGGUGGAUCGUAGCGUAGGGGAAGGAAGGGAAGCCAUGGGGAACGCGUCGUCUAUGCUGACCCAGUACGACAUCGAGGAGGUGCAGGAGCACUGCAACUACCUUUUCUCGCAGCAGGAGAUCGUGUCGCUGUACGAGCGCUUCUGCCAGCUCGACCGCAGCGCCAAGGGCUUCAUCUCCGAGGACGAGUUCCUCUCCAUCCCGGAGUUCUCCCUCAACCCGCUCUCCAAGAGGUUGCUCCGUAUGGUUGAUGGAUUGAACUUCAAGGAUUUUGUUGCCUUUCUUUCUACUUUCAGUGCAAAGGCCAGUCUUCGGCAGAAGAUCGAGCUAAUAUUCAAGGUUUAUGACAUUGAUGGCAAGGGAAAAAUAACCUUCAAGGAUCUGCUAGAGGUUUCACGGGACCUAACAGGGUCAUUCAUGUCCGAAGAACAAAGAGAGCAAGUAGUAACUAAGGUACUGGAAGAAGCAGGGUACACAAGAGAUUGCGCGUUCUCAUUGGAAGAUUUUAUCCAGAUCAUCGACCAUCCUGGCCUUAAGAUGGAGGUGGAAGUGCCAAUCGACUAGUGAAAUAUGGAAAGCAAGCUUCAGUUUUGCCUGCAGAACAUGGUUGUCCAUACACAGUGACACAACAGGGCAAUGAGCAUCCACUUUCGUUAUCUUCUUUGUUACUACUGGUCCACUUGCCUAAAUCGUAAUCUUUGUUGUCUUCGCCUUUCAAAUAUCCAAAAAAAAAGCCUCGUGAUGAGAUUUUCGUCGGUUCCAUGCUGAGUGAAUGGCAUUAGAGAAAAGCAGAUUUUUUUUUUGAGAGAGAGGAAAGCAGAUUUUUUUUUGAGAGAGAGGAAAGCAGAACUUUUUUGGAGGAAAAUCAGAUGGGAAGCAUAUGAUGAGGCCCAUCCCUGUUGGUGGAUGCCAAAAAAAAAAGCUUCGUGAUGAGAUUUUCGUUGGUUC